AUGUAUGUGAAAUGGUUUGAUACAGUAAUGUUUUGCUAUGUGAUUUUAGUGUAUUUAGUGAAUGUCACUUUUUCACAUUUUCAAAUUUCCCGCCGUUCUGUCCCCGUACGUCCUGUUGUCGCAGGGGACGGAACCCAGAAGACAGAUGCUGGCAUCGGCCAGAGGACAUUGCAGGGCACACUGCAGGAGGGACAUCGCAGGAGCACAGGACAAGGUAAGUGAAGAAGAGAUACUGGAGCAGUGCUGCAAGGUAUUCCUGAGUAUAGCUCGGGGUUACCGCUUGUGCUACACUCGGGAAUACCUCCAGGGAGGUUAAAGGCUAA